AUGCCUAACACUUCACUGCCAGUGGAAUCAUGUCAUAUAAGAGAGAUAAUAAAAGGCACAUUUUCUCCCUGGAGUUGCUGUCAUAUGGGAUCAAAAACCGUGGUGGCUUUUCAGCCACACGAUCCAGAUCACCCUAACAAUUGGUCAAAGUUUUGGAAAAUAUUCGUGCUUGUUACUGGUGCCAAUGAGGUCAUGAAUAGCACUGUCGGGUCCUCAGUCACAGGCGGAGCUACAAAAGCAAUCGCCCAAGAAUUUAACGUGACAAAUCAGCAGAUCCUUGUCCUACCGAUUUCGAUGUUCCUCGUUGGCUAUAUCCUGGGGCCUCUGUUAUGGGGCCCGUUAUCGGAGGCUCAGGGACGAAGGUAUCCUUUAUUGGUAGCUUUUGUGUUAUAUACCGUCUUCAUGAUGGCAUCUGCCUUAGCAAAGUCGUAUCUAUCUUUGCUUAUCUUCAGGUUGCUCGAUGGAAUGGCUGCUUCUGCGCCUAUCGCUAUCGUUGGCGGCAUCUAUGCCGAUAUAGAGGCAGAUCCUACGGCUCGUGGUCGACUCAUGGCGUAUUACAUGACGGCUACAACUAUAGGGCCCGUCCUUGGGCCUCUCGCGUCAGGUUUCCUCGUGAGUUAUGGCUGGAGAUCAUGUUUUUGGUUUGGUCUCGCGUAUGCAGGCAUUAGUCUACCUAUGGCUCUCCUGAUGCCUGAAACAUACGCGCCUAUAAUCCUUCAACGGAGAGCUAAGAGGCUACGGAAAGAGACGGGCAAUUCAAAUAUAAUAUCGCCGUUGGAGCUCGGUAGCCGAGAUUUUAAACGAACACUGGCUAUCAGUUUGGCACGGCCAUUACGAAUGUUGUUCUAUGAGCCUAUCACAUCUUGUUCCUGCUUAUACCUCGCUCUUACCUACGCAAUAUUCUAUCUCUACUUUCAGGCCUAUCCAUUGGUUUUCCAGGGUAUCUACGGAAUGGGCCCAGCUAAAUCUGGACUUUGCUUCCUUCCAAUCGGCGUCGGCGCUGUAGUUGGUUGCGUGAUAUUUAUGUGGUACGACCGGUUUUUAUCCCGAGCAAAAGCGCGGAAUGCAAAAUGGGCAUAUAUUGAAGAAUACCGUCGUCUUCCCCUUGCUUGUCUCGGGGGGCCACUAUACGUUGUAGCGAUCUUCUUCAUGGGUUGGACAGCUUUUCCCAGCGUCCACUGGUCGAUUCCCGCAUUGUCGGGGAUUCCGUUCGGGGCGGGAUACUUGUUGAAUUUCAUGGCCAUGGCGAAUUACAUGGCGGACGCCUACGAGACGUACUCUGCUAGCGCUAUGUCCGCAUCUGCCUGUACACGGAGUAUUUUGGGGGCUAUGUUGCCGUUAGCGACCAAGCCAAUGUUCGAUCGCCUUGGGAUAAAUUGGGCAUACACUCUUGUGGGAUUUUUGAGCCUUGGGGUCACAAUUCUUGACUUAUAUUAA